GCGGCUCACCCCGCGGGCGCCGGCUCCCGGCGGCGGAGCGAGGAGCGAGCGCGCGGCGGGCACGAGGCAGCUCCCCACGGAUCGAUGCCAGCCAAAUGAUGACCAGUUGUGGCCAGCAGUCCUUGAACGUGCUCACCGUCCUCUCGUUGCUGAUCUCUGCAGUCUUGUCCGCGCACUUCCGAGUCUGUGAGCCCUACACGGACCACAAAGGCCGCUAUCACUUUGGCUUCCACUGCCCCCGGCUCUCGGACAACAAAACCUUCAUUCUCUGCUGUCACCAUAACAACACGGUUUUCAAAUACUGCUGCAACGAGACUGAGUUUCAGGCGGUGAUGCAGGCGAACCUCACGGCCGGCUCCGAGGGCUACACGCACAACAACUACACCGCCCUGCUGGGAGUGUGGAUCUACGGCUUCUUCGUGUUGAUGCUGCUGGUCCUGGAUCUUUUGUAUUACUCGGCAAUGAACUACGACAUUUGCAAGGUUUACCUGGCGCGGUGGGGCAUCCACGGACGAUGGAUGAAACAGGACCCCCGGCGGUGGGGCAACCCUGCCCGGCCCCCCCGGCCAGGGCAGCCCGCCCCGCAGCCCCAGCCCCCGCCAGGCCUGCUGCCACAGGCGCCCCCGGCCGUGCACACGCUGCAGGGAGACGCCCACAGCCCGCCGCUCAUGACCUUCCAGAGCUCGUCUGCCUGAAAACCCUUUUGCCGUGCCUCAGGAUGGGGGAGGUGAGACCCGAAGCACCCGGCCCAGCCUCCAGGAAGAACAGCUUCAACAGAGACCCCCGGGAGAGCCAAGGUGGCUGCGGCGGUGGCAGAGGAAGAAAUGCCACCUGUGCCCACAACCCCCUUCCAUGGACUUCCAAGAUUAGGAGCAAACUCAGGGGUGGGGGCCAGGGGUUGUAAGGGAGGGGGUCUUGAGCCACCCGUCUGCAAGCAAUAGUCCCAUUCUGGGCUGGUGGCUUCUGAGAGGUGACACCGUUGUGGACUCAGGAUGACCAACACAAAGCUGCUCUGGCUAAUUCAAGCCGUAGGGAUUAGGCCUGUGCAUUGUUCCUGUGGGCCCCUUGUCUCUACUCCAUCCAGUUGUGGCCUGUGGGCCUAUCUGUGUCAGGAUACCAAAUGUGAGUGUGUGUGUACACGUGUGUAUGCGUGUGUGUGUGCGCACGUGCACGCGUGUGCAUGUGAUUUGAGGUGUUCUUUUUGUUUGAUUGAUUGGUUUCUAUUGGAGUCCCCCCGAGUCCUCUGAUGGGCACAGGUCAGCGGUGGUGGGGGCCCUUGCCAGCGUCCCGGUUCAAGCUUCUUGCUGCAGCUGGCAGCUAUGAGCCAGCGAGCCUGGGGCACAGCCCCCCGAGGUCUCAGAGGGCGCUGGGGAUUUGAAAAUGCUCAUGAGGGUUUGUUCUUAUGGAAUUUGUUCCCAUAGCAGUGUCAUGAAAGGAGGCCACGCAUCUUGGGCCGUCCAUGGGGCAGGCACUAGGCUGCGUGUCUUCAUGCGCUCCCUCUCUCACCGCCUGGGAGGGGGCUGUGGUGAACCCCCUGCAGAAAUGGCUCUGAGCAGGGAAGGUGCCCAGGGUCACACAGCCAGGAGACCAGCCCCUCUGUUUGAUCUUAGGGGUGUAGAACCCAAAGUCCAAGGUACCCCCAGCACAGUCCCUGGGACAUCUCCCCAGUGAUUUCUCAGCAGACUGGCUGUUGCCCUGCGUUCUCUGCCAUCACUGCCCUGCAGCCCUCAUCCACAUGGCGCAUUCUGGUUACGCAUCUGCUGUGUCAGGCCCCAGGCUGGGCAGUGAUGGGGACUAGCCCUGAGUCAGGCAGGCCUUGUCCCUGCCCUGCAGGCGGGGGUGGGACAGACAGACAGAUCUGUGCUGGACAUGGUGAUGAGGUUCUGCAGAAGCCCCAGGGGGAAGUGUCUAGAAACCAUUCCACUUCGGAGUCCCACGCAAACUCGGAUGCCUCUAACAUCCACUCCCCAGAGCUCCCCCACCCGCCACCCACCCCGCGGGCCCAGGGCAUACACAUGGAAGGGCAUUGCCCGGGAAAUGAUGUCAUGGGCCACACUGCCAGUGUAGACACACUCAUUCCACUGGUGUUAGUAAUAACCAGGUCUCCCCCCAGCUCUUAGCAGGGGGGACCCUGCUAAAUAAACGUGUGUCCCUCUGAUGGCGUGUUCCUUGCUUAGCCAGACCCAGUGCCCUUGCACACAGACUGCUCUUCGGGCGCAGCAGUGAGCAGCGAGGCUCCUGUUCAUGGGGCUGGUUUUCCAGUUGGGGAGAGGACGAGAAGUGAGUCAGGAUGCAGCAGUAGUGGUGAGCGCCCCGCCGAGAUUUCAGCCAGAACAAUCUGUUGUGGAGGGUGUUGAGGUUGCGCAGUCUGGGUCUGGGAAUGCCUUUCUGAGCAGGUGACCCGGAAGCCCAAAUCUGGAUGAUAAGCAAGAGCCAGCCAUGGGCCUGGAAGGCAGGGGAAGAGCAUCCCAGCGCAAAGGCCCUGGGGCAGCAGCACGCUUGAGUGUUUCAAAGAACCAAAGAAAUCCGGGAUCCAGGAUGGCUGGGACCCAGAGGGAGGACAGAAGGAGUUGAGGGCGGGGGGUCCAGCUCUGGAAGGCCGCACAGACACAACUCCCCAUCCUCUGAUAAAGGAUUUUCCAGGCAACCUGGCUCUCCAGCUCCCCGUUUCAUGGCCUAGGAAACCAAGACGCAGAGGGGCCCCGUGACUUGCGCCCGUUCACCUGUGGCGGACCAAGCCCGCGGCUUCAUGCUUCUCCCCCAGACAGUGGCACCCAAGCACAUGGCUCGCAGAUGCAAAGGGGGAAGACUUUGUUGGGGUCUUGAGUAGGGAUGGGCCUGCCUUCCUUUGCCCAGGCCGCUGUGGGGAGCUUUGGGGAGGGGGGCUUGGCAGCUGCUCAGCCCAGGGGAAUCAGCUGUCACCUGCAUCUGGGGUGCAGAGCCUGGGGAAUCCGGAG